CGAUUCUCGAGGUAUGGAAUGUAACGUAGACAUGCCUUGUACUUCUUCUGCUCCUGUUUAGUCAGUCUUCUGGGUUGGCCGAUAUGGUCUCUAACGACCUCCGGCUGACUUGACAAGGAUCACCUCCGUUCUCCUCGAUCGCGCGGUACCGGUUACUCCCACGCUUACUGCUCCCGCUCCUCAUCGACCGCACGCAAGUUCGGUGCACCGAAGAUGUCCGACGAAAAGGAUCAAAACCCCCUCGAUGACCCUGAAGUUUAUCGAUCUCACUACUCCUUUUGGGCUCCGGAGCUCACGAACCAAAGACAUGCCUUCAAAUUCAUCGGCCUCGUCCUCUUCCUCACCACGGUCUUCAUGUGGCUCACCCUCCCGAUCUACUGGGGCUCCUACUGGCAACAACCAUAAAACCGCUGGCGACUGUCCGUUUGCAUCCUCGACCUCGACUCCGUCGUAUACCGC